AUACAACGGAAUAUUAAAUCGAACACAGACAAAAAAUAUCACAGUAUCGAUUAAUGCAUCGGAUGUUCAAGGUGUAUCACAAGUGUGGUCAAUUCCAAUUAUCGUUCGUCCUACAACUAACAACUAUAGGUUAACAGAUGGUUAUAAGAUAAUAAGUGUACUCUAUGUCAAUGGUUACAAUAAUGCAUUAACAAAUCAAGCUCUUGGUUCAAUCUAUGUCAAUGAUUUAGAUGACUGGAGUCGUGCAACGAAUAGUUAUCAAGUAAUAUCGAGUACUGCAGGAACAUUUACUGCUAAUGGUAGUGGACUUAAUGGUUAUUUGGCUGCUAGUAGUACAUUGUACCCUGGCUCAUACACAGUUCAAACUAGAGUUGUUAAAAAUAGUUUCACUGCUACUGGUACAGUUGAUUUAGAUGUACAAAGUGUUGACAGUGAAUUUGUUAGACAAGCAGCAACCAUAAGAAUACAAGGUGAAUAUCCUGAGAGCCUUAUUGAUCCAACAUUUGGUAGACGAACAAAUAAGUUACGCAGUGCUUUAGCACAAAUUCUUAUUGUUACUGUUGAUACUAUACAAAUAUUAACAAUACGUUCUGCUCCCUCAACACAAAUAAUGAAUCCACUUUUACCACCAUUACCAUUUGAUCAACAAAAACAGCAAGCAUUAACCGACGUCAUAUUCUAUGUACCAAAUAUGGCAAAAGAAUUAAUUGAAAAUACACUAAAUACAAAUCUUGCCCUAUUUUUAUCACGAUAUGGUAUCAGGGCAACGGCAAGCGGACCAAAUCCAUGUACGAAUUAUGGUUGUCCAACAGGAACAACAUGUCGCUAUGAUCGUACUAUUCAACCGCUACCCUAUUUAGUUGAUACCAAUUUAACAUCAUUUGUUGGCAUUAAUAUUCUUGAUUCAGCUGAUUGCGUCAACAGUUCUACGUCUGUUCAACCACCAUGA